AUGAGAAUCGGGUGCCUGCAGUUUGCACCCCAGGUGGGCGAUGUUGACAACAACCUGAACCGUGCCGAUGCAGUGCUCUCCAAAGCAAAUCCAGAGGAUCUGGACCUUCUUGUCUUGCCCGAGCUGGCGUUUUCUGGCUACAAUUUCAAGUCGCUGCAAGACAUCUCACCAUUUCUUGAGCCUUCAGGCUCAGGCAUUACUGCGCUAUGGGCUCGGACGAUGGCCUUGAAGUACAACUGCACCGUUCUUGUUGGAUACCCAGAGAAAGUCGAUGUGUCUCCCAAGUGGCCCACCGGCCCCGAGUACUACAACUCGGCCAUCGUGGUGAAUGGUGAUGGCGAAACAAUCGCCAAUUAUCGAAAGUCUUUCCUUUACUACACAGAUGAGUCAUGGGCGUUAGAAGGGAAUCGUGGAUUCUACGAUGGAUAUAUUCCAGGACUCGGCAAUACUUCUAUUGGCAUUUGCAUGGAUAUCAAUCCUUAUAAAUUUGAAACACCAUGGCACGCAUUCGAGUUCGCCUUUCAUGUACUUGAAGUCGAAUCCAAUCUUGUCAUUGUUUCCAUGGCAUGGAUGACCAGAGAGGAUCGCCGCCACUACAGUCGAAUGCCCAAUGAGCCAGACAUGGAUACAUUGACAUAUUGGGUCACGCGAUUAGAACCCCUUAUCCGCUCUAAUAACGAAGACGAAAUCAUCGUCGUCUUUUGCAAUCGCACCGGCGUCGAAGAUGAAGCAACAUACACCGGCACCAGUGCUGUUAUAGGCAUACAGGAGGGAGAAGUGAAUGUAUAUGGUCUGCUGGGGAGGGGUGAAAAAGACUUGCUGGUUGUGGACACGACCAACCCGCCUUAUGCCAAGAUGGUUUAUCGACCAGACGCCAGUGCUUCGAACAAACCUGUUGGCGCGCUCGAACUGCCUUCUCAUACCAAUGGCCAGACCCCAGUAUACACUAAGACACAACAUGUUAUUGAAGCUCUAGAUCCGUCUGUGAUCCAGCAGUCACCGCCUACCGAUACCUCGAUCUCCCCUCAAGUGCUGGAUACUACGAAACGCAAACAACCAUCUCCACUUCAGUUGAUUGGGGAACCCCAGCAAAAAUCUUCCACCAAGCAAACAGCGAAACGACGAGCGCCUUCUAUCUCAAUCCCACCCCCAUUCGAAUCAGUCGACCAUAACCAGACGACUAAUGCAGCAGAUGGCAAUAUUCCAACUCCUUCUGCCCCUAGUCCAACCCCCAUGGCUGUUCGUCCAAGACUCGUUAUUCCGCAGUCACCAGCCUCGACACAAAAUCAGCAAACUUCUGAGGAUAACCUUCCAAGUGCAAUAUCCAUAAGAUCUGCAGAGUCGAUACAAUCAGUCAAAUCCAAUGAAUCGGAGGUCUCAACGCAAACAAUUCGUUCCAAUCCAAGACCACCAGAAGACAGCACACCAUAUCCUCACAGUGGCCUUCCCCUGAGCGGAUAUCCCUCAAACUCCUUCCAGAAUGAGUUUGAGCGACGUAUCUAUGGCGGCAAUGUGACCAUUAGCCACGGUGCAGAUUCCUUCUCUCCGACAUCUCCAUUUGCUGCAUCUACGACGUCGCCCCGCUGGUUUUGGCGACCACACGACAGCAUAAUUCGGACUCCUGUCGUCGGUGGAGAGUGGACUCCUAGCACACCGGUCGGGCGAAAAGCAGAACCUUUUCCAUGGGCGGCGAUCAAGAACACCACUCCCUUGACGAAUAUAACGAGGGAGACUGAGAGCAUAAACGACGGCCCAGUGCUACAGCAGACCAGAUCCAAAUAUUCACAGUCUCCGAGAUCGAACACGUCGUCCAAUAGAACUGGAAAGUCAAAAUCGUCCACAGAGGCGCAGAAGCAGCGCGUAAAGCCCCCCAAUGGGAAGAAUCCUUCAAGGCCCUCGUCGCCGAAGUCACGGAAUGCCAGUCGCUCGGGGAUUAGAGGCAGAUCUGAUUCAUCACUAAGCCCGCAAAACAUCCCGAGCGCAGUAUCGCAGCAUAUCGAGCAAAUCUCUCAACGAGCCGAGUCGAGGAAUAGACAGAACAUGGAUUAUCAUCAAACCGGGCUAGCUAUUGGCCGUCCUUUGUCUCUAAAUCUGGCAAACGAUGGCCAGCACAGUACUAGAGCAGAUUCUGCGAUGGAUCAUAUGAUACCCAUUGUUGCGAGCCCUAGUCUCUUGGGGCCUGGGACUCGAGCAUACAUACCAACGCCCGUAGCGGUGUCUGAUGAUGGCUCUAAGCCGGGAGGCUAUGGCAACAACAGUAUCGCUAGUCACCAAGCAUUUACCAACAAUGCCAAACAAAAGGCUACUCCGAUCAACCGCGAAAUCACGAAAUCCGCACGCUCUGUAAGCAGAGGCCGUCAGCCUAAACGGAGAGCUGCAUCUACCGACGCAGCCAAAUUUGAUCCACAGUCUGAAAGGGCCACCUCUGCGGACUCUGUGAUAAAUACGAUACUGCACUCCAGAGUUGGAAAGCGACACUUCGACAAGGACUCACAACACCCGUCUGAUGAUGUGCUUUCUCACACUGAGUGUCAACAUCAACACCCCCAGAGUGCCCCUGGGGAGUCAGAAUUUGAGAGAGUCGAGGUUAUUAGUUGUCCUAGUUGUCCGGUUCAUGGUCGCCAAUCUGCUUCUACUAAUGGCUCCUCCAAACGGCUAUCUGAUCCAUCCGGCCAAAGAAGACACUCUAUCCGAGAUGUGACGUCGGAUUUCCAAACUAACCGGAUUUAUGAUAUCACCGAGGGACAGAGAGGAACGAAGAAAACGGGACUGAAUCACGUUUUGACUCAACGGGCUGCUACCACAGACGUAUUGAUCGGAGCCAAUGAUCAUUUCUCACAUCCUGCUGCAAAUGGGCAGAUGGGUAGAAGUGAUGCCCCAUUUGUCAAACCCACCGUCAACACUUUGUCUCCUAAGUCUGAGCCAAGAUCUACAAAGUCGAAAUUUAAUCCUACUACACCAAGAGCAAUGAUGUUCCUUCCUGCGGAUACCUACAUCGACAAAUUACCCAACACUGAGUUAGGGGAUGACGAACAAUUACCAACCUGGUUUACUAUUGAAAAGAGCGCGGGAAAAGCCGAAGCUGGCUUCAAAUCUUGA